AUGUGGUUUCUCCUCACCUUCUUCUUCCUGCUGGUGUCCACAGGUGAGGAUGGUGACAAGAUGCCAGAAGGCGAGGAGUGUGUGCCCCACUCCCAGCCAUGGCAAGUGGCCCUCUACGAGCGUGGACGCUUUAACUGCGGUGCUUCCCUCAUCUCCCCACACUGGGUGCUGUCUGCGGCCCACUGCCAAACCCGCUUCAUGAGAGUGCGUCUGGGCGAGCACAACCUGCGCAAGCGCGAUGGCCCAGAGCAACUGCGGGCUGUUUCGCGCAUCAUCCCACAUCCGGGCUACGAAGCGCGCAGCCACCGCCAUGACGUCAUGUUGCUGCGUCUAGUCCGGCCCGCGCGCCUGACCUCCCAGGUACACCCCGUGGCGCUGCCCUUGCGUUGCCCCAGGCCAGGUGAGGCCUGUGUGGUAUCCGGCUGGGGCCUGGUGUCCGACAACGAGCCUGGGACCACAGGGAGCCCGGAGUCACAAGUGAGUCUCCCAGAUACGUUGCAUUGUGCCAACAUCAGCAUUAUUUCGGACACAUCUUGUAACAAGGACUACCCAAGGCGCCUGAUGAACACCAUGGUGUGUGCCGGAGUAGAGGGCGGAGGCACGGACUCCUGUGAGGGUGACUCCGGGGGACCCCUGAUCUGUGGGGGUGUCCUGCAGGGCAUUGUGUCCUGGGGUGAUGUCCCUUGUGACACCACCACCAAGCCCGGUGUCUAUACCAAAGUCUGCCGCUACUUGGAGUGGAUCAGGGAAACCAUGAAGAGGAAGCCCCCACAGCUGGCUUGCAGCCUCAUCCUGACCUGGGACAGAACUGGGCCAUCCCCCAAGACCCUGUCCAAGGCCCAGAUGUUACCCAAGAACUUGUCCUGCCUGAAGCCAAAGCUGAUGCUCAAGGUCACCUGUGUUCCCAGCACCUUGCUCACCGCCUGCCUGUCCCUGGACACCUCUAUCACCAUGUGGUUCCUGGUUCUGUGCCUCGCCCUGUCCCUGGGGGGGACUGGCGCUGUGCCCCCCAUCCAGUCCCGAAUCCUGGAAGGCUGGGAGUGUGUGAAGAACUCACAGCCCUGGCAGGUGGCUCUGUACCAUUUCAGCAACUUCCAGUGUGGGGGCGUCCUGAUACACCCACAGUGGGUGCUCACGGCCGCCCACUGCCUCAGCGAGAAUUACCAGCUCUGGCUGGGCCGCCACAACCUGUUUGAAAACGAAGACACAGCCCAGUUUGUCCAGGUCAGCGAGAGCUUCCCACACCAUGGCUUUAACCUGAGCUACCUGAAGAACUACACCCGCCACCCAGAUGAGGACUACAGCCACGACAUCAUGUUGCUCCGCCUGAAGGAGCCCGCCAAUAUCACAGCCACUGUGAAGAUCCUGGACCUGCCCACCCAGGAACCAGAACUGGAGAGCACCUGCUUCGCCUCCGGCUGGGGCAGCAUCACACCAGAGAAGUUAUCAUACCCAGAUGAACUGCAGUGUGUUGACUUCAAACUCCUGCAGAAUAAAGUGUGUGAGAAAGCCCACUCCCAAAAGGUGACAGAAUACAUGUUGUGUGCUGGGCAUCUGGAAGGCGGCAAAGACACUUGCGUGGGUGACUCAGGGGGCCCACUGAUCUGCAAUGGUGUGCUUCAGGGAAUCGCAUCAUGGGGCCACAUCCCGUGUGGCCUCCCCAAUAAGCCCUCCAUCUACACCAAAGUGCUGCUCUAUGUACAGUGGAUCAAAGACACCAUGGCAGAGAAUUCCUGA